CAUUAGUCUAAGUUAGGCUUAGGUCGUGCAGUUUGUGCAGCUCACGGGCACGCCACACUCAACAAUGUUAACAACAGCUACUCUAGGUACUGCUGGAACUUGGAAGUACCACCACUAACAAUUGGUAGCCAUUAGUGUUGUUAGGUACAAUCUAGGUACUGCUACAGGGAAGUCUGGAAGGGAAAACAUCUUCACCGCAAAUAUGAGUUACACGCAAUCCUAGCUAAGUAUCUCCUUUCCAUAUUCCACUUCCAUGCCACCUUGAGACGGUUGGUUUUCUCAAGUGCCACUUUCCUUCUUUCGUUUUUUUUAACAGUCUUUCUUUCUUUUUCCCCCUCUUCACUCUUUUAAAUCCCGGAGGGAGAAAUUGGAGGAAUAAUAGGAAAAAAAAAAAGCACCUAACAAUGGCCCCUCCCUCAUCGUCUUCGACCACGACCAGCGCCCCAGAGGCACCUAAUCUACAGAAGAAGACCAUCCGCCUCAACGGCAAAGGCGCAGAGAAAGUUCAAGAUGGAUCCCCGGAACUGAAGCGAGACCCGAUCGAGGUCAAAUAUCGUGACUUCUUCUGGACCUACACCGAAGAACCGCAUCGGACGAGACGCCUGGCCAUCAUCAAGGCGCACCCGGAAGUCACGAAGCUCUGCGGGCCCGAGCCCCUCACCAUCGUGGUCGUCCUCGGCGUCGUGGCCCUGCAGGUCUUCUGCGCGUACGUCCUCCGCGACACCCCCUUCUUCUCGCUCCGGUACUGGCUCCUGGCGUACGUCGUCGGGGCCACGGCCAACCAGAACCUGUUCAUGGCCAUCCACGAGAUCAGCCACAACCUGGCCUUCCGCUCGCCCACCGCCAACCGGCUCUUCGCCAUCGUCGCCAACCUGCCCAUCGGCAUCCCCUACAGCGCCUCCUUCCGCCCCUACCACCUCACCCACCACAAGUCCCUCGGCGUCGACGGCCUCGACACCGACCUCCCCACCGCCCUCGAGGCCCUCUUCCUGGACUCCAUCCUCGGCAAGGCCUUCUUCUGCACCUUCCAGAUCUUCUUCUACGCCGUCCGCCCCAUGUGCGUCUACGCCGUGCCCUUCACCUGGGUCUCCGCCCUCAACGUCCUCGCCCAGGCCGCCUUCGACCUCGCCGUCCUCCGCGCCCUCGGCCCCGCCGCCAUGCUGUACUUCCUGUUGUCGUCCUUCCUCGCCGGCAGCCUGCACCCGCUGGCCGGCCACUUCAUCGCCGAGCACUACGUGUACGAGGCCGUCACCCCGGCCCAGCGCGACCCGGCCAGCCGCCUCCCCGUCCCCGAGACCUACUCGUACUACGGGCCCCUCAACUUCCUCGUGUACAACGUCGGCCUGCACAACGAGCACCACGACUUCCCCGCCGUCCCCUGGACCCGCCUGCCCCGCCUCAACCGCCUCGCCGCCGAGUUCUACGACGACCUCCCCCACCACCGCUCCUGGACCUACGUCCUGUGGCGCUUCAUCUUCGACGAGUCCGUCGGCAUCCGCUGCCGGGUCAAGCGUAAGGAGGGCGGCCGCCUCGUGGGCCAGAGGUCCGAUUGGAAGAAGAACGAGCUGGAGGCUUAGGCUAGCUAGUAGGUUAGAGGUAGGUAGGUAGGUAGUUUUAGAUGGGGUUCAAAUGGGUUUAUGUAUCUACGUGAGAAGGGGGAAGGGGGGAAACCUUGCGUGCUUAGGUACCUAGCAGUGGUACACGCUAUAUACUCCGUUGGGUUUAUCUUGCGGGAGAUGGUGUGUAUGUACGUAUGUAUAUUCGAUUAGUUUAGGUACGCUACCUAUCUGUCCACGCUUAAAAGGGGGUUAGAUUCGUCAAAGUGUUACGAUCCGAAACUCAAUUACCUCGACACAAUCGAAAGUUUUAUUGUCUUGAACUAUAUAGUUUGACAAGGUGAAAAAAAAAAAAG